UUCAUUUAGCAACUUUUUUUUAAUUAUUAUUUAUUUAUAUCUCUUCUUCUUCUUUACUUCACCAAAAAUUCUUCAAUUAUAAUUAUCUUUUUAUUAAAAAAAAUGGUACAUUCAAAGAAGUUUAGAGGUGUGAGGCAACGCCAUUGGGGUUCUUGGGUUUCUGAAAUUAGACACCCUUUGUUGAAAAGAAGGGUAUGGUUAGGGACAUUUGAUACAGCAGAAGAAGCAGCAAGAGCAUAUGAUGAAGCAGCAAUAUUAAUGAGUGGAAGAAAUGCAAAAACUAAUUUUCCAAUAACACAAGAUUUGGAUAAUAAUAAUAAUAAUAAUAAUAAUAAUAAUAAUAAUAAUAAUAAUAAUAAAAAUGUAAAGGGUAAAGAUCAAGAAUCAUCAUCAUCAUCAUCAUUUUCAUCACCAAAAGCUUUAUCUGAAAUACUUCAUGCCAAGUUGAGGAAAUGUAGCAAGGUACCAUCACCAUCUCUCACUUGUUUAAGAUUGGAUAUUGAAAAUUCACACAUAGGAGUUUGGCAAAAACGUGCUGGCCCUUCUUCUGAUUCAAAAUGGGUAAUGACAGUUGAACUUCAAAAGAAAAAUAAUCCCAAAAAUAUUAAUGUUCAUGAAGGAGAAUUAAAUAAUAAUAAUAAUAAUAAUAAUAAUGAUAAUAAUAAUAAUUCCAAGAAUAGUUGUGGUGAAAUAACUAUUAGAAGUGAAAUGGAUGAAGAAGAAAGAAUUGCAUUGCAAAUGAUUGAAGAAUUGCUUCAAAGAUGAGAUAAAAAUAACAAAAUUUGUGAUGGUAAUUUCUAUUGCUAAAUAACAAAAAUCUGUCGAUGCUGAUCCAAUUUAACGAUGACUUAUCUAACGGUGGAUUAAUUUCGCAGCUCAUUUCGAUUUUUAUAAUAGAUAAUUUACAUUGUAUAAUGUUUGCUUAAUUUAUCAUGUAAUGUGUGAUUAAUUUUAUGUUAUUAGUUUGAUUUCUAAUAAUAAUUUGGGCUAGAAAAGUGCCUAUGUAAGUAGUAUUUUUAUUUAUAGAAAAAAAAAGUUACUAAAGACAAAGUAAAUUAACAA